UCAAACCCUGAUUACGAAGAAAGACAGCAAUCACACAGACAAUCUCCCACAACACGAAGAUGUUUCAAGUGGCUCCUCUCAUCUUUUUGUUGAUUUAUUCCAGCACUGGAUGGCCUACACACACAGUCUGCAAGAACAGCCAUUUGGAAAUAUAUUACAGAAGCUGCGAUCCAUUGCAAGACUUUGCUCUUACUCUUGACAGUUGUCCUAAACUGACUGCCGAACAUGUUAACAUCAGAGUAGCAACAAUUUUAAGGUACAACACCAGGGCACUCUUUGUGACUGUAAAUUUAAUCUUGAAUGGCAAGGGCAUCCCAUUUUUCUCACAACAACUUUGCGAUGGGGACCAUCCAACCUUAAGUUUCUGUGGAAGGAAGAAAGGAGAACUUAUCUACUAUGAAGGGCCUAUUUCAUUAAAAAUCCAUAACAUCCCCAAAGGAGACUUUGAUGUAACUGUGGAGCUGUUUAACGAAGACUGGCACACCGUCGCUUGUACUAAUUUUACCAUUCUGAACCAAUGAGAUUUUUUAAACCCUUCAAUCACUGCAUCUUCUGAAAGUUUUGAAACCAAAACCUACAGAAUGAAUAUGAUGCUGUGGAACAACAGAACACAGAGGUUUAGGUGCAAUCUGCUUGCGUUCCGUUGCUUUUAAGGAAGUUGUAAAACCCAUACGUGUCAAUUUUUUCCUCCAGAUUCACUGAAGUAUAUUUAGCUUUAGUUUCAUAACACUCUGGUUCUUUUGAUUA